AUGGCUAAAAUAUGGAUUAUAAAAUGGGGGAAUAACAUAGAAAUAAAUGGCUGCACAGUCAGAGCAGAAGACUUUGAAAAGCCAAUAACUUACGACAUGACUAGUCACCCUGCAAUUAAGAACAAAAUUACUCUUAAUUCAAAUCAUGAUGCAGAUAUUAAUAUAUAUACAGACGGAUCAAAAAUGGGCAAUAGAGUUGGUAGUAGUUUCGUGGCUUAUUGCAACGACGAAAUAAUUGACAUGAAAUUGUACAGACUUGGCGAACACUGCUCCAAUUUUCAAGCAGAGCUAUUCGCAAUACUAAAGGCCACACAUUGGUCCGAUCUAAAGUAUACGAAUACAUUAAUUACUGUUAACACAGAUAGUGCCUCAGCCAUUGAUCUAUUGCUCACCACGAAUUAUCAUCCCAUAGCAAAUAGCAUCCAAAAGAUCAUAAAUAACUCAACUAACCACUAUUCAAUUAAAUGGGUUAGAGGACAUCAAGGGAAUUUUGGAAACGAAAAUGCUGAUGAGUUGGCUAAAUUAGCUGCUCAUAAUGACGAGUUGGAAAUAUCAUAUAAAAACAUCAGCAUACAAACAAUCAAAUCUAUGUUAUGGACGGACCUGAACAUAAAAUGGCAACACGAAUGGAACAACUGUAACACCACUACUCACGAUUACAUUAAAGACAUACCUAAAUUCCUUAAAAAACAAAUGGUAUAG